AUGAGUUUGAAUAACAGCUAUUUUUACUCUCAAGUGAAUGCGAAGAGUAAUAAAAGAUAUAAUGUUAGUAAAAAACUAGUUCAUUUAACCUCAUACCCCAGUUCUAGAAUCGUUUGAAACCUGAAAAAUAGCUCAAACUCCUCUCUUUCUAUUGCCCUAAACUCAGCCAAACCCUCCUCAGGUCUUACUUCUCCAAGCCACCAUACCAAAAAUCCUGUUAAAAAGUUGAAAAUGAACCUAUUGAAAUCGAUCAUCAAAGAGUAUCAAUCGAAUCAAUAUCACCAAUCUCUCUCAAAAUCUUCAUCUAAAGUUAGCUUGAACAACUCCAAAUCAGAGUUGAGAAGGCCUUUUUCUUUGCAAACAAGUCCCCAAAUGAAUGAAAAUUUCAAGUCCUCUCAUAAGAAAAAGAUUAAAUUGCUGAUUUCAGGGUUAAAAUAAGUUAAAGCAAACAAAUCAGAAACUAAGUGAAUACAAUGACAGAUUCCCAAUAUCCAAUUUAUGAGCCAGCAGAAAUGCUUCACGAAGUUGUAGACCUCCUACUCCAAAAGAAGAUGCUAAAGCUGUAAAGUCUACUGAAAAUUUGAUGGACUGAGCAAUUAAGUUCAUUCGAAUUUUAGAUAGGUUUAAUCAAGCUGGAGAACAGAAACUGGACUGUAAAUAAAGUUAAAAUAGAAAUUUUAAGUAUUUGUGAAAAAGCUACAGAAAUCGAGAAAUAUAGAAUUAGCAAUUUGAAACAAGAAAGGUUAUUAAAAGAAACAGGCAGGAUGAAUGGCAAUAAGAGUUUAAAUGCCUAUGCUUCCUUUGAUACCAUCAGGCUUAAUAAUAUUAUGAAGAAAGAUGUUAGAAGAAAAUACAAAGAUAAAUUAAAAAAUCUGUCAAGAAACUCCUCAUGAAUAAAUAUCCAAACUAAAAACAUGUCCGCAGAGCCUCAAAGCAUUUUUGAUCAAAGAAAUUGCAUCCUUCCCAAAACUAUUAACAGAUCAUUUAAAGAUCAGAGUAGAUUUUCAAAGAGAUUAUAUCAAACAAAGAAAGAUAAAAAUGGCAGUGACAAGUACUUACCAACCAAAGAAUUUGAUUCUGUUCUUUAAUAGGACUGGGCAUAUAAAUCUCAAUACCCUCCACAAGGUAAAUUU